CUCUCUCCUUCUCUUUCUCCCAUCUGCGAAAGCCGAGGGAGUGACCAAAAGGGUCCAAAACCCAACCCGCAAAACUCUGUCGGGUCAAGCAAUUCGGAUCCACUGGAUCCGAAUCCUAUCAAGCUAAUUUCGUAUCCCAUCCGAUCCGAUUCGAGAAGAUAUGACUCGGAGGUGCUCGCAUUGCAGCCACAAUGGGCACAACUCUCGGACGUGCCCGAACCGCGGGGUCAAGCUGUUCGGGGUCCGGCUGACUGACGGGUCGAUCCGGAAGAGCGCCAGUAUGGGCAAUCUGAGCCACUACGCCGGGUCGAGUUCGGGUCUCAACCAGGUCGGUUCGAACACUCCAGGUUCUCCGGGAGAGACCCCGGAGCACGGUGCCGCCGCCGACGGUUACGCCUCCGAGGACUUCGUGCCCGGCUCCUCCUCGGCUUGCCGUGAAAGAAAGAAAGGCAUUCCAUGGACUGAAGAAGAACAUAGGAUGUUUUUACUUGGAUUACAGAAGCUUGGCAAAGGUGAUUGGCGUGGUAUAUCUCGCAAUUAUGUUAUAUCAAGGACACCUACUCAAGUGGCCAGCCAUGCUCAAAAAUAUUUCAUCAGGCAAAUCAAUGUAUCUAGGAGAAAGAGACGUUCAAGCCUGUUUGAUAUAAUAGCAGAUGAAUCAGUUGAUACUUCGAUGGUACCUCCUCAUGACUUCUUAUCUGUCAACCAAUCACUGGCUGAAACACAGGGCAAUCCUCAAUUGCCUACCACUCCUCCUCUGGACGAAGAAUGUGAAUCAAUGGAGUCUAUAAACUCCAAUGAUGGGGAUCCUCUUCCUCCAAAGCCAGAUAGCUCACAACCUUGCUACCAAGUGGUAUAUCCUGCUUAUUUCUCUCCGUUCUUCCCAUUUCCUCUUCCAUGUUGGUCGGGAUACAAUAAUGAGGCAACUAAGAAGGACACUCACGAGGUUCUCAAGCCAACUGCAGUACAUUCAACGAGCCCGAUCAAUGUUGAUGAGCUGGUUGGCAUGUCAAAACUGAGCAUAGGAGAAUCUAUUGGUCGUUCGAGUCCAUCCUCUCUUUCACUGAAUCUGCUUGAAGGGUCCUCUAGGCAGUCAGCUUUUCAUGCAAAUCCAGCUUCUGGCAGUUCAAAUAUAAAUUCGAGCGGCAGCCCAAUCCAUGCAGUUUGAUGGGCAGCUUUUCUGAGCUUGAGAUUGUAGGUUAGCUCAAUGCUGGGUGAACUCUUAAGGUUACCGUUAAUACAAGACUAAUAAUGUGCAGUUUGGUUUGGUUUGGUUAUUUCAGAUCACCUUAAUAAGAUUGUUUUCAUAUAAGUUUACUUAAUUCAGUUCGUAUCUUGUACGCCAUAGCAUAUUAGCAUCUAUCAUCAGAAAUUUAUUUGAAUCUUUUACUAUUUUGUCUUA